GUUGUACGUUUGAAACAGCCCAGCACUGGUCCAUUGGCAAUUAGAAAAAAGUGAGAAAAGCCCAACCCAUGUUAAGACAGGCUCGGUAAAAGCUACACUGCGAGCGGCAGCGCACAAUAGCAGGAUCUGAACCCUUUCUCCGCGCGACGGUGACCCAGAUUUAGAGAGAACACGAGAUAUUUUCCAGAGAAGAAGCUAAGGUGUAUGAAGUGUUGAUGGUGCAGGAACAUCCAGACUAAUUGAAUCAAGUGAGACUUGGUUCUUUGACUGUCAAUUUUGGGGCAAAACCUUGUAGACAAGACUGGAUUUUAAAUUGUAUGUUUUGAUUCUUUUGGCUAUAAAUACCAGUUGUGCCAUAUUUGAUGUCAUGAUGCAUGUUAAUUACUAGUCAUACUAGCCAUACAGAGAGUUUUACCUCCCCUCCAAUUAAUAUCCAAAAAAAUCGAGGAAAACUUGUUGUAGAUAGGAGAGCUGAUAUAUAUUUCUAUUAGCCUUUAUGUUCAAGGCCAAGCGCAUGGGUAUUUCUCCAUCACAAGUUAGUUGUCAUACAAAAAGUUACUCAUGCCCUAAACAAAGCACAUCAGAAGAAACACCUGAAUAUGGUGCUGAAUGUAAACAUACUGAAAUAUCAGAACAGAAACAUCAGAUUAUGUCAGAAACUGUACAAACUGAACCAGGUGAUACUAAUACUGUAGUUUCCCAAUCUGGUGCUAGUGAAGCAUUGCAACAGUCGUCUGAUGAUGCAAUGAAAAAUUCUCUUACUGAAAAUUUGGAAGCGCCAUCUGAAGAUGCAUGCAAGAGUAGUUUGACUGAUAAAAGUUUAGGCCCUAAGCCAACUGCAAUAGAUCAGAAACUUGAGUUUGUUUCAGAGGAUACGUGUAAUGGACCAUCAAAAGAGCAAUAUUCACUUGGAUCUGGAAUCAUACAAAAUCAUAAUGCACUAUCAACUAUCACUGUUAAUGAAAACUUGCAACUUUUGUCUGAAGAUGCAGCCAAGAAUUCUCUUACUAACGAUUUGGAAUUACCACAUGAAGAUGCUAGGGAAAGUAGUCAGGUUGGUAAAAGUCCAUGCCCUCAUCAAUCUAUGCCUGAACAGACACUUGAGUUUUCUUCUGACAGUGCUUGUUGUGAACCUUCAGUAGAAAGACGAAAGGCUUGUUUGGACAUUGUAAAAGGUGAAUUAUUGAAAAUCAGUACUCCAUUGUCUAGUUGUACUGCUACCAGGCAUUUCGAGCCACCUCCUGCUCUUGUGGCCAAGAGUUCUAUUAUAUGUUUAGGUCUGCCUCGUGUCAGUGAGAUCAAUGUUCCUGCUACUGAAAAACUACGACCAUCUCAUGAUGAUAUGGAUAAACACUCGAAUCUUGAACAAUCAGAAACGCCAUCUAAAGAUACAGUUAGUAAUUCUAGCCGGGUGGGCUGGAGGGUUAAAAGAACUGCAAAAUCAAGAAAAAAAUAUAUCUUAAGAUCUUUGGUUAGAAGUGAUAGAGUUCUGCAGUCAAGAUCACAAGAAAAACCUAAAGCUUCUGAUUCCAGUGCAAACCUGGCUAAUGUUAGCUCAAAAAAGGAGAAAACAAGGCAAAAGAAGAAAAAGAGACAAGGAAUGAGAAUUGAAGCUGAUGAAUAUUCAAAAAUCAGGAAACAUUUAAGAUAUUUGUUGAAUCGCAUGAGCUACGAACAAAGCCUGAUUGCAGCUUAUUCUGCAGAAGGCUGGAAAGGACUAAGCCUAGAAAAGUUAAAGCCAGAAAAGGAGCUGCAAAGAGCUACAUCUGAAAUUUUUCGACGCAAAUUGAAAAUAAGAGAUUUAUUUCAACGUAUUGAUUCGCUGUGUGUUGAAGGAAAGCUGCCAGAAUCUUUAUUUGAUUCUGAAGGACAGAUUAGCAGUGAGGAUAUAUUCUGUGCAAAAUGCGGUUCCAAAGACUUGACUGUUGAUAAUGAUAUUAUACUUUGCGAUGGUGCCUGUGACCGAGGGUUCCAUCAGUUCUGUUUAGUACCACCAUUAUUAAAAGAAGACAUUCCUCCUGAUGAUGAGGGUUGGUUGUGCCCUGGAUGUGAUUGCAAAGUUGAUUGCAUUGAAUUGCUUAAUGACUGUCAAGGAACAAAUAUUUCUAUCAGUGACAGCUGGGAGAAGGUUUUCCCUGAGGCUGCAACAGCUGGACAAAAUCCAGAUCAGAACUUUGGACUUCCUUCAGAUGAUUCUGAUGAUAAUGAUUAUGACCCUGAUGGACCAGAAAUUGAUGAGAAGAGUCAGGGAGAUGAAUCAAGCUCUGAUGAAUCUGACUUCACUUCUGUGUCUGAUGAAUUAGAGGCUUCACCUGGUGAUAAGCAGAACUUGGGGCUUUCCUCUGAUGAUUCAGAAGAUGAUGACUAUGAUCCUGAUGGUCCAGAUCUUGAUGAGAAUGUGCAGGAGGAGAGUUCAAGUUCUGAUUUUACAUCUGACUCUGACGAUCUUGCUACUAGUCUUCAUAAUAAAGAAUUGUCUGGAGAACAUGAAAACCGUGUGUCUAUUGUCCUCCAAGGAGAUAUUAUUAGAGAAGGAUCUAAACAUAGUGGAAAAAAGAAGCAAUACAGUGAGCUGUUAUCCAUAUUAGAGCCAAGUCCUAGCCAAGAUGGGUCUGCAGCCAUUUCUGGGAGAAGAAAUGUUGAGAGAUUGAACUACAAAAAACUGUACGAUGAAACAUAUGGAAAUGUUUCGUCCGACUCAAGUGAUGAUGAAGAUUUCACUGAUACUGUUGGACCAAGGAAGAGGAGGAGAAGUACAGAAGUUGCGCCUGCAUCAGUGAAUGGAGAUGCCUCUGUGACCAAGACUGGAAAGCAAGACCUAGAAGGGACUGAAUAUGCUCCUAAGAGAAGUUGUCUACAGUCUAACUGUGAAAAUACAAGCAUAUCACCAGCUAAAUCACAGGAAGGCUCUUCUCCAUCAAGUUUUUGUGGUAGAACAGUUAAGAGAUCAGUAUACAGAAGACUUGGAGAAGCUGUAACUCAGAGACUCUACAAAUGCUUUAAGGAAAAUCAAUAUCCUGACCGAGUUACAAAAGAGAGUCUGGCAAAAGAGCUGGACAUUACUUUCCGGCAGGUUAGCAAGUGGUUUGAAAAUGCUCGAUGGAGCUUCAAUCAUUCAUCAUCUAUGGAUGCACUGGUCAGAAAAACUUCAGAAAAGGAUUCUCCACUGCCAAAAACUAAUUCGAAACCACUUGAACGAGGACAUGAAACUGUUGGCGGAGAUGCUACUUCCAAUGGAGCUCAAAGUGAGAAAUCACCCAAGAUUGGUAAUGCCACGGCAGAAAGCAACAUGGGAGAUGCAAGGGAUGCUAAAUUGGGUAGCCAGGAAGGCAGCAAACGAAAAUCUAAAAUCCUGAAAUCUAGGAAGAGAAAGAACAUAUCAGGUCAGAUAUCAUCAGGAACAGAUUCAAUGACUGAGGAAACAGAAAAGCUUCCGGCUAAUUUACCAAAAGCUCAAGAAACACAAGCGAGUGGCCGAGUGACAAGAAGUAAAUCUGUUGCUUGAAGAUUUUUCUUCUUUACUUCCUCCUAUCGGAUAAUAAGAGACCAAUUACCUAUUGGGAAAGCAAGAUGUUUGGAGGGAAUGGAUCACCUUCUGCCAAGAAAGUGAUCCAACCGGUGGCAUUGUUUUUCUGGUAAUGUGAUAGUGCUCUAGUUUUCUUAUUCCAUUGAGACUUCCUUCGUUUAGUUUCACCUCUUCGCAAGCACGUUAAACAAAAAUGUCCAAUCUAACUACCAAUUAUUUUAAAUGUUUUGCCUUUUUAUAGAUUUUUUCCCCUCAAUGUUUGGGGUAAGUGUCGGUCCAUUCAGUUUGGUCUAAAAAAUUGAGAGACCGAAUAAAUUGAAAUUUGUAGCAGAUCGAAUCAAAGUAGUAGAAAAAUUGUGUCGAUUUGAUUCAGCUUAAUUUAGUUUGAUUUGUUAAUUUGCACUAUUUUCAGAUUUAGUUUGAAUUCAUUUUAUAUCUAAUAUUGGUUAUA